AUGCAAAAUAGCGGUAUAUUAGUAGCAAAUGAUGCUAAUAAAAAUCGUGCAAAAACAAGUAUUCCUAAUAUAUAUCGAUUAGGUUUAGUUAAUACAAUUGUAAGAAAUCUUAAUGGACGAGAUUUUUUUGAGCAUAUGGGUAAUUUUGAUCGAUGUCUUGUCAACGCACCAUGUAGUAGUACAGGUGUUAUAGCAAAAGAUAAAACAGUUAAAAAUUUUAAAGAUGAAAAAGAUAUUCAACGAUGUUUUACUGCAUAA